CGACUGUCGGGCAGGGCGCUGGCAGGAGGGGCUACGCCGCGAUGCUGCCGCUGCUGGGGCUCCCGGGCUGAAAACGGGGCCCCUCUGCACCGCAGGCCCCCCUCCCGCCUGGUGACCUUGGAUUUCAUGAAGGCUCCCCCUUCCCGCGGCCUCUGAAGUCUGCUUCCUCCCGCCCCUCCCUCACCCCACCCCCCAUGGCUGCCUCAGAAGAAGGGACCGGCUGCUUGUUCCCCAGAGGUAGGUCCCAGAGCGACCCCAGCAUCCUCGCUGACGCGGCCGGCACCGGAGGCCAAGCGCGCCCAGAGGAAAUGGAUCAGUCCCCCGCAGUGCGUUCUGAAUAUCUGGUCUCAGGGAUCCGGACUCCUCCUGUCCGAAGAAACAGCAAGCUAGCCACACUGGGCAGGAUUUUCAAACCAUGGAAGUGGAGGAAAAAGAAGAAUGAGAAACUGAAGCAGACGUCCACAGUGUUAGAGAAGAAGACAUCCACAAGGCAAGGCCGGGACGAGCUAAUUAAGAAAGGCCUUCUGGAAAUUAUGGAACAAGAUUCUGAAGGGAAAACAUGCACUGCUGAUGGUGCCACCAGAACAAUGCUGAGUGACCCUUCAUCCCCCCCAUGCCAGGCAUUCACCUCAGAAGAGACGCAACAGGAACAUAGAUCAGCCACAACCAAUGCCACCUCACUUGGCGAGGAGCUGCACUCAGAAGAACUGAGAGAAGAUUCAGCCAAGAAGACGUCAGCAUCCACAGAUGAACGAGAAAAUGCCAGCCUGCCAACCUCUGAAGAGACUCCACAAGCCUUACUACUUUUGGGAUCCAUCGGCUCCCCGCAGAAACAGAUGGAAAGGAACACAGCCCAGCUCCCUAGCCCUCCUCCAUCACUUCCAGUUCCACCACCUAAGAUUGUACCCAAAGUCUCAAAGAUUGUCCCAGCUGCAGGAAGUGAAGCCGAUGAGACAGCCUUGAAAUCUCCCCCAUCCACUAUCUUGAAAAAUUAUGUAAUUGUUGGCUCCUCCCAACUCUCAGGACAAGCUGUUCCCUUCCAGUCCUCAGGACAGAAAAUCUCUGAUCCCCACCUCAGAGGGCAGCACACCACGCCAACUGGAUCCCCUCACCUGGCUGCUGUCCAUCUACCUUUACCUCCUAGCCGAGUCAUCGAGGAACUUCACAGAGCCUUGGCCACGAAACAUCGGCAGGAUAGCUUUCAUGGAAGAGAAAACAAAGGGUCUCCCAAAAAGCGGAUGGAGAUCCGUUUGUCCAGAACAUCCAGCACUGAACAUAGCAAAGAGAAGGAUAGUUCAGUGAGCUACAACAGCGAUCCAGAGAACAAAUGGAAUUCUGUUAAGGAGUCGGAUGAGAACAAAGAAAACCUGAUCAUGGACUCUGAAAUCAAGGAUGAUUCUGUUUUCUACGAGGAUGAAGAAGUUUUGAAUGAUUCCAUAAUUUCUGGUACGUUGCCAAGAAAAUGCAAGAAAGAACUUCUGGCAGUGAAACUGCGGAACAGGCCAAGCAAACAGGAGUUGGAAGAUAGGAACAUUUUCCCAAGGAGGACUGAUGAAGAGAGGCAGGAGAUCCGGCAGCAAAUAGAAAUGAAGUUAUCCAAGCGACUGAGCCAAAGACCAGCUGUUGAGGAGCUUGAAAGACGAAAUAUCUUGAAACAAAGGAAUGAUCAAACAGAACAAGAGGAAAGGAGAGAGAUCAAGCAGAGGCUGACAAGAAAGCUUAAUCAACGACCUACGGUUGAUGAAUUAAGAGACAGAAAAAUCCUCAUUCGAUUCAGUGAUUAUGUGGAAGUGGCAAAAGCACAGGACUAUGACCGGCGAGCAGACAAGCCAUGGACCAGGCUUUCAGCAGCAGAUAAGGCAGCCAUUCGUAAAGAGCUAAAUGAAUACAAAAGUAAUGAAAUGGAGGUGCAUGCAUCAAGCAAGCAUUUGACAAGAUUCCACAGGCCAUAGAGAUUUUCUUCUGAGAAGAAUUUGUCUACUUUUUUGAUAUCCACUACUGAACAUGCAUCAGGGAAGAUAUGAAGGCCUUUCUUUGAGGUUCAGUCUAUGAGAAGCUGAUGUUUCAAGUUCAGGAAAGACUGCAGAUUCUAUCUCUGCAGCUCAUAUUUAAAAAAAAAGAUCUAUCAGAGGAAGGCUGUCACCUUGCAGCUGCAACACUCAAGGUGUGGGAAAAUUAGCUGAAAAUGACUGAUAUUGAACUCAUCAAAAAGGAAAUGACUGCAUUCCUUUGCUAUUUGUUUUAAACUGAAUUGCUGCAUAUCUUGGGAAAGGAGAUGUUGUGCAUGUACAGGCUCUACCAUUCCAAGGCCUCCAACGUAAUGGACACGGCGCACACCGUCAUUCAGUAUUAUCAUGGUGACAAGACAUUUGGAACUUAUCACAAUUAGUUUGUACAAAACACUUAAGUUCAUGUUCUACAAAGUUAUUUACUAUAUUGUUUCUUUUCUUUUUUAUAUAUAUAUAUAAUGUCUAACAAAA